UCCCGUCGUUGUUGACAGACGUGCGGAAAUGUGCCAAACAUUUCCGAAAUUUUCGAUACGUCAAAUUUAUGAGUAAAUACAAAUAUGAAGACUCGAUUUAAUACGUACGAUCUUGUGUGCUCUGUCACAGAGCUGCAAAGGCUCAUCGGGAUGCGUGUCAACCAAAUUUAUGACAUAGACAAUCGAACUUACCUCAUUCGCUUACAGCGUAGCGAAGAGAAAGUCGUUCUUCUUCUGGAGUCAGGAAAUCGAAUUCACACAACCGCUUUUGAAUGGCCCAAAAAUGUUGCUCCUUCUGGCUUCAGCAUGAAGAUGCGUAAACAUUUGAAAAACAAACGUCUCGAGAGCUUGAAGCAGCUGGGAGUUGACCGCAUAGUAGAUAUGCAAUUUGGCACAGGAGAAGCAGGGUAUCAUGUCAUUUUGGAAUUGUACGAUCGUGGGAAUAUUGUGCUUACCGAUAAUGAGAUGAAUAUUUUAAACAUCUUGAGGCCUCACACCGAGGGAGAGAAAGUAAGGUUCGCUGUGAAAGAAAAAUAUCCAUCCGAUCGCGCUCGCUUGACGACUAUGCCACCAAUGGAACAGAUCCAUGAAUGUGUGUUGAGUGGAAAGACUGGAGAGCCAUUGAAAAAAAUUUUAAACCCACACUUAGAGUUCGGUCCUGCUAUUAUAGACCAUGUUCUAUUACAGACAGGUUUCCCAGUCAGUUGUAAAAUUGGAAAAAACUUCGAUGUAGCCACGGAUUUUCCAAAAUUAGUUCUUGCUCUUGAGGCGGCUGACAAGAUUUUUACAGAAGCUAUUAAAAGCAUAAGCAAGGGUUACAUUACACAGAAGAAAGAAGCAAGACCUUCGCAGGAUGGAAAAGAAGAUUACAUUUUUGCAAACGUAGAAUUUCAUCCCAUGCUUUUCGAACAGCACAAAAACCUCCCCUUUAAAGAAUUUGAAUCAUUCGAUCGUGCGGUAGACGAAUUUUUCUCUGGUCUUGAAGGACAAAAAUUGGACUUGAAAGCUUUACAGCAGGAACGGGAAGCUAUGAAGAAGUUGGACAACGUUCGAAAGGACCAUGAUCAGAGACUUGUAUCCUUAGAAAAGACACAAGAAAUGGAUAAGCAGAAAGCGGAACUGAUUACACGGAAUCAAGUUUUAGUGGAUAAUGCUAUUUUAGCGAUUCAAAGUGCUCUGGCCAAUCAAAUGGCUUGGCCAGAUAUAGAAACGCUUUUGAAGGAAGCUCAAGCCAGAGGAGAUCCCGUUGCGGCUGCUAUAAAGCACCUGAAAUUAGAAUCGAAUCAUAUCAGUUUACUUCUAAGCGAUCCAUAUGAAAAUAGUGACCAAAGUGAUGACGAUGAACCUGAGUUAAAACCAAUGAUUAUUGACGUUGACUUAGCUCAUUCAGCGUUCGGGAAUGCUAGGCGAUAUUACGAUCAAAAACGAUCAGCAGCAAAGAAACAGCAAAAGACAAUCGAGUCACAAGGAAAAGCACUGAAGUCUGCAGAGAAGAAAACUAAACAAGCAUUAAAAGAAGUUCAAACCAUACACAGUAUCAAUAAAGCAAGAAAAGUGUACUGGUUUGAAAAGUUCUACUGGUUCAUCAGUUCUGAAAAUUAUUUGAUAAUCGGUGGCAGAGAUCAGCAGCAAAACGAACUAAUUGUAAAACGGUACCUUCGACAGGGGGAUGUUUAUGUUCACGCAGAUUUAACUGGGGCCAGUUCCAUUGUAGUAAAAAAUUCUGGGACUGGUCCAAUACCGCCAAAGACUUUGGCAGAGGCAGGGACUAUGGCAGUUUCAUACAGCGUUGCAUGGGAGGCAAAAGUUGUAGCCGGUGCCUGGUGGGUAAACAGUGAUCAAGUAUCAAAAACAGCACCAACCGGUGAAUACCUGACCACAGGAUCAUUCAUGAUACGUGGAAAAAAAAAUUAUUUACCACCAUGUCAGCUUGUAAUGGGAUUGGGUUUUUUAUUUCGACUUGAGGAAAGUUCUAUCGAACGUCAUAAAGAUGAAAGAAAAGUUCGAACUUUGGAAGAAGAUAUUACAUCUGAAACAAAUGCAUUGUCAGAUCACGAGAUUGAAUUGGAAAGUGAUUCUAAUGAUGAAGAGGAAGAUACUGCAACACAGAAAACUCAACUAUUACCAAUUGCGGAAGGAGAAUCCGACGUAACGGAGAAAUUAAACGAUGCUGAUAAAUCCAGGUCGGAUAAACAAAGUGAUAUAAUAGAAAAAGAUAGUGGUAGUGAUUCUGACGAAGGACCACACUUUCCGAACACACAGAUAAAAAUUAAUCUGCCUGGUAAAACAUUGAAACCUCACUUGAACACAACAAGAGAUACAAAACCUCAGAAUAAGCUCACAGAAGAAGAGAAUGUGAUUUACCUUGGGGAUGGCAAACCCGUUGUAUUAACAAAUAAACAAGAGAAAGAUGGGUCAAAACUGGAUCAAGAAAAAAAAUUACCCGAAAAACAAGACAACAAAAAUGAAAAAGAAUCUAAACAAAAAGAUCGCGAAUUACCUAAAAGAGGACAGAAAGGAAAGUUGAAAAAAAUCAAAGAAAAAUAUAAAGAUCAGGAUGAAGAAGACAGAAGACGGUUGAUGGAGGCAUUGAAGCCGGCAGGGGCAGCCAAAGAAGAUAAGCGUAAAAAUAAAAACAAAGAUCCCUCUGGACCAAAACAGCAGGGUAAAAAAAAGGGAACAGCUUAUAUGCCAAAAGUAUCGACAGUAAAUCCUUAUAACGAAGAAGAUGGGGAGGAAGAUGUGGGACCAGCUCCGGAAAUAGAUAUGUUGGAUCAAUUGACUGGCAAGCCAAUUGCAGAAGAUGAGUUACUAUUUGCUGUGCCGAUAGUUGCUCCCUAUAAUACUCUUAUUAACUAUAAAUACAAGGUAAAGUUAACUCCAGGAACUGGGAAAAGAGGCAAAGCUGCAAAAACUGCUGUAGCGAUGUUUUUGCGAGAUAGAGGAACUACGCCUCGAGAAAAGGAUCUAUUGAAGGCAGUUAAAGAUGAAGUUAUGGCCAGAAACCUUCCUGGAAAGGUCAAAAUCAGUGCUCCGCAAAUGCAAAAACUGAAAAAGUAAGGAAUCAUGUUAAUGAAACAUCGUGAUCAUUGUAUUCAAGUGAGGUGUAGAUGGUGGUCAAAACGUGAUAGUCGUAUCGGUUUUACAGGCUGUAUAUAUGUGUAUGCAAUUCCGUAAAAAAAAAAGAUAUUUAAUUCUAAA